AAUGGGUACAUUUACAAUUAGCUAUUUUCUCCGCAAAUAUUUUAUUGAACGACCAAAAUGGCACUAUCCUGUUUUCUUUGGUGCUUGUUAUAUCGGUUAUCGCUAUGCAAUUUUUAAACGUCAUCAUCAUUUAGCUUCGAUGAAAGGACAUACUAGAAUGUACAAAAGUCGUAGAGAAGAAAUCCUUCGUUGGGAUCCACAUGCCGAUAUUUGGACUUAUUAA